CCGACAAAGGUAAAUGGGAUUGUGACGCACGGGAAGCAACAAACUCUCGAUGUGUCCAGCCGCCCUCAAGAACCAUUGGAUGUCACCAAGUCCGUGUUAAUUUCUUUCGUGGAUCGUUGGAUAGAACAGACGUGUACAGAAGCCUCCACUCUUGCCUGUGUUCGUGUUCGCCACAUUCGUCGAUUGGCCACCGAUCUGUCACACAAUGUCCUAACAGAAUCGAUCAAGUUAUGUGUCUGGUCUCACUCCUGGUCCAGACGAUUGUUGUGUGAUGCUCUGAAUAAGACGGCACAGCUGAACCAACUCGCCAUUCAUGCCGACCAGAUUCAAUCUCCGACCACAACCGUAUCGCGUCGUAUCCGGCAAGCAUUGAAACGUAGUCAUCGAACCCGUGAAACUAAACCGCGAUGGAUACGCAGCGUUUUAGCGCGAGGUGGCCGAAAUCCACAAGGAACAGACUGGAAACCAAAACACUCCCCUACUUCACCCUCGUUUACUGACGAUACCGAGAGCAGCAGUGAAUCCUCUUUGCUAUUCAGUCGACGCGAACGAAAAUGUUUCUAUCCGUCGGAAAAACGACUGCAUUAUCGAGUGUGUGGACGUUUGGGUCAUUCAGGACAGUCACAUUGUGCAAAAUAUUUUCAUUUGCAGUAUCCCGUAGUUCGCGCUUCCGCUCCAAUUCAGGUGAAAAAGAACUAUGCUGCAGGAUGGCAUUUUCGAUCACCUUCCACACAUAACUCAACAUUAGAUUGUACCCCAUUUCGUUCUCCAAUGAAGAAAAACAUUCCACCAAGUGAUUCGCCUCCCACGGAUUCCGUUGAGCACUUGAAAUCCACCUCUCCUUCGAUUGUCCACGUGUGCGUCACAGAUCGACUUUAUCGGUUCUCGGGUAGUGUGGCAACGGAAUGCUGUGCACAAGCAUUACAGAAAGUGCGGCUGCUGCAGUUGGAACAUAUUAUAGGAUUGAUCUAUGCGACUGGAUGCAGUGCGGGUGUUCUACUCUCGUUACUCAUGGACUACGGUGCCCAUCGGUCGAAAGGUAAUGAUCAAGCUGAUUGUUUAAGAAAAACGGGACCAAAGCAUUCUCCUUCAUCGCUGUUCGAUUUCCUUCACCUUCGUCUGAACCAGAUGCUCCAAAUCCCCCGAGUCCCGGUGUGCUGA